UUUGAAGCUGGCUGCUUGUCUUCUUCUUCUGCGUCUUAUUAGCGGCACAGGAGAAGAACCGUGCAUUGACUCUCGGCUUGGAGAAACAUCGAUUUCGGAAGUGCUUCGCCCAGACGGAGAGGGAGAAGGGCCGCAAUUCCUUUCUCUCUCGGGGAUUUCUGAAGACGCGUGAGAUCUUCCUGGAAUCGGCGGUUAUUGGGGCAACGCUGCUCCCGUCGAAUCUAUUGCUGCUUGGUCUCUCUGUAUCGCCGCCGCAGCCAUGGGAGCAGUGGUUGUCUUGGAUGUGAUAACAACGCUAAUUUGAUUUCAUCCUUCAACCAUACACCGAGAAGGCAGAAAACAAAAUAUUACAGAGAGCCAGUACCUAGCAGCAUAUCAGAAGAUUUCUGGACUACAAGCGCACGAGAUAUGGAUGGGAACACCAUUCAAUCACGUGGAAGCAUAUCCUCUAUUAGUACUUCAACCCAAGCACAUGAUGCUCACGGCAGUGGAAGUAUAAACGCCCCUUCUGAGUUUGUAAAUCAUGGACUUAUAUUAUGGAACCAAAUUAGACAGCAUUGGGUAGGAAGUAAAAAGCCGCAAAACCAGUCACAGCAGCCGUCGGAGCCCAAAUUAAACUGGAAUUCAACAUAUGAUAGUUUGCUUGGAAGCAACAAACCGUUCACGGAACCUAUUCCUCUUGGUGAAAUGGUAGAUUUCCUUGUGGAUAUUUGGGGCCAGGAUGGAAUGUAUGACUGAGCUGAUGUAAUCUAAGUUUGUCUGAUUCAUGGCCAAUAGGUGAUCAGCUCUUUCUGAACGGGAGUGCAUUUCGUCUGUACACAUUCAGAAUUCUGCUACUGAACUGGUCUUCUUUUUACUCCGUAUAUUAUAGACUCUAUUUAAAUACUCCGUACAAGGACUGCAGUAAAAAGCUGUAGUUCUUGGGUUCCAUAUGAAUCAUUUGUUUUGUUCCAUUUGAUAGAUACUGCAUGAGGUCAGUGCCGAACUUACUUUUGACCCUCAGCUCAUAUUCUACUACUAGUGGUGUAUGACUUGAUUCACUAACAAAUUUGUACGAUGAAAUUGAUAACAAAAUUUAUACUGAAGUUGCAAUUAUGGUAGAGUUGUUUGAACAUUUGACUCGGAACUUACGGAUCAUUGAAUAGUGUGACAAUUGUGUGUUUGAC